AUGAUACAUUGGAGAAGAGCGAUUCUCUUUCCGUUUGAUUACAUCAAGGUGAAUUUUGUUUCUUUAAAAACAUGCGGUUUCUGAUUGAAAGGUAAAACAGGAAUAUUCCGUACCCUUUUUUAUUUCAGCAAAACGCCAUAAAACAUGUUUUCUAAAUUCAAAUAUCCUAACUGCCUAAUGUCCUAAGAUUUUUCCGGUUUAAUUGGAAUGACACAUUUUACUUUCAGAAGGAUGGCAUAGGCUAAUUAUCAUCUUAUUGCAUCACGACGUUUUGAUCACGUGACUAUAUCCCAAGACCAUAUAUUCACUUGAAGGGCCUUCCGCAUCAUCAAAUAAAGGUGUGAUUUAGAGAGACAAGUGAAUUCAAACGUCAUUUUUUCAUCGCGAAUUCAGGUAGGCUAAAUAAUCGACUUUGCUAACUGCUGUUAUUCUAGAUUGCUUAUUCAUUCAAUUAUGUAAAUUACGGAGGGUGUUUUCCCCCUCUGCCGAUAACACCCUCCUCGAUCUGCAUAAUUCUUCAGAUUAUAAGAAAGCCGAAUUCAAUAAUUUCUAAAUAUUCUUUUUAUUUAUUUUAUUUUUUAUUAAAGCUGUAUUUGUUGAGCAUAAUGGUCCAAUUGACCCUAACACUGGUUGUCACCCUUUGCUGCUUCCUGGCGAUCUCAGAAUGCUUGAUCAAAGAUAAAGAGUGGGAGGAAUGGCAACAGCUCCACAACAAGAAAUACCAAUCAGAUGAGGAGGAGAGAUUUCCCUACACCAUUUGGAUUGACAACCGCAAAAUGAUUGAAAGACACAAAUCAGAUAAAAACAGCACUUUCAAGGUGGAAAUGAACCAAUUUGGAGACAUGGUGCUCUUUUUGAAAUGGUUAUCAAAACCUGCCUUCUAGCUCACCUCAACCCUACUAUUUCCCGAUUAUCCCUGCAGUCUUAUCCCCUGUCAUCUGUCGUUAAAUUUUUCCUGGUUAUUUUCUGUCAUUUAUUUUGUACUCUUACACCCACCUCAAAAUUAGAAUUUAGGGUUAAAGGACAAANGAAGGAUGGCAUAGGCUAAUUAUCAUCUUAUUGCAUCACGACGUUUUGAUCACGUGACUAUAUCCCAAGACCAUAUAUUCACUUGAAGGGCCUUCCGCAUCAUCAAAUAAAGGUGUGAUUUAGAGAGACAAGUGAAUUCAAACGUCAUUUUUUCAUCGCGAAUUCAGGUAGGCUAAAUAAUCGACUUUGCUAACUGCUGUUAUUCUAGAUUGCUUAUUCAUUCAAUUAUGUAAAUUACGGAGGGUGUUUUCCCCCUCUGCCGAUAACACCCUCCUCGAUCUGCAUAAUUCUUCAGAUUAUAAGAAAGCCGAAUUCAAUAAUUUCUAAAUAUUCUUUUUAUUUAUUUUAUUUUUUAUUAAAGCUGUAUUUGUUGAGCAUAAUGGUCCAAUUGACCCUAACACUGGUUGUCACCCUUUGCUGCUUCCUGGCGAUCUCAGAAUGCUUGAUCAAAGAUAAAGAGUGGGAGGAAUGGCAACAGCUCCACAACAAGAAAUACCAAUCAGAUGAGGAGGAGAGAUUUCCCUACACCAUUUGGAUUGACAACCGCAAAAUGAUUGAAAGACACAAAUCAGAUAAAAAUAGCACUUUCAAGGUGGAAAUGAACCAAUUUGGAGACAUGGUGCUCUUUUUGAAAUGGUUAUCAAAACCUGCCUUCUAG